GACGUCGCUAGGUCCAAGUCCUGGAAGCCAGGGACAUGCAUUAACAUGCAUCGUGACAAUGUGGUGGUCAAUUACCUGCGGCCUUAUCUCCCUUACAGGAAUGCCGAUAUUCUCUUCUCCAUCGCAAGCCAUUGGUCACCUGGGGCGGACAAAGUCACAACCCUACUCUUUGGUCUGUACGAUCAACUCACCGUGGCUAGACGAGAUCUCGCUCUCUUCCAGCACCACGACGCCAUUACAGGCACUUCAAAGUCCCACGUUAUGGCAGACUAUCGUGACAAGCUGAACGAAGCCAUUCGGUGUGCGCAGAACGUAUCUGCGACCAGUGCUGCUUUCCUUCUCGGCUACGAGUUUCCUGAAGUCUGCUCCGCCCUUGAACAUGAGGUCUCUACUCGCACCUCUCCAGUUCUCAUUUCGGCUAAUCCGAGUUGGGGUGGUAGCUCCGUACCAGAAUUUUUCCCGAUCACUCUGGAGAGUCUGGAGGCUGUCAAAACGCUCUACCUCUUC